AUGUUGAUUACAGACAAUAGUACACAAGAGAUUAAUAUUGAUAUUAAUACUGAUAUUAAUAAUAAAGAUUCAUUUGAGAAAGCAUUAAACAUUUUUUGUAAGUUUGUUCAAGAAGGAUAUGUUUCAGAAAACAUCGACAUCGAAACAAGUGAAAUUAUUUAUGAUCUUGGUGUUCUUCUCAAGAACGAAGAUUUUAUUUCACAAUACAAAUUCAUUAUUUCAUCAACAAUUAUCAGUGAAUCAAACAUCGAAUCAUUCAUCCGAUACAGUCUUAAAACAUGUGAUUUCGAUAAAACAUGUUCAUUCAUCGCAUCUCAUAUCUCUUUUCUUGGACCUUCAAAACUUUGUCUUCUUUUUGAAUCUGUUUAUCAUUCUAUUGCAUCAUCAUAUUUUAACGAAAACAUCGAUAAUAUUUUUGUUGAUUUUAUUUCAAGUAUUUUGAGUAAUAGAUAUGUUUUUGUCUACAACGAAGAUGAUAUCUGUGAUUUUGUUAUUUCAUUCAUCAAAACAUUUUCACCUUUAUUAUCAUUUUCAUCAUCAUUUUCAGAAACAUCAAAAUUCGAUAAAUUGAUUGAAUUUAUCAGAUUCGAAUUCUGCACAAACGAAACAAUUUCUCGUUUCAUCAACUUUUAUUCUUCAUUCAUCAACUCUUUUGAUCAAGAAAUGAAAACAGGAAAUAAAUCAAAUGACAAUAUUCAAAACGAAAAUGAAAUCUUCACUCAUUUAUUUGAAACAUUAAUGUUAUCAUCAAAUAAUAACAAUAAUGUUAAAGAAAUCAAUCAAUUUAAUAAGAUUUCAACAACUGAUGAAAACAUUAAAUUUAUUGAAAGAUAUUGGAUUUCAAGAGAAUUCAUUAGUCUUUAUGAAACAUUUGUAAAAUGUAGUCAAGAACGAGAUCUUUAUUCAAUCAAAUAUGCGGUUAAUAAUGGAUAUCAUAAAGCACCCUAUUUUAAUAUGACAGUAGUUCAUUAUGCAGCACAAUUAAAUAAUUUAUCUCUUGUUCAAGAUCUUAUUUCAUGUAGUGUUGACCCUAAUAUGAGAGAUAAUAAUCUACGAACACCACUCCAUUGUGCUUGUUAUAACAAUUCAAUCGAAGUUGUCAAAUUUCUUCUUACGUUAGAUGAAAUUGAUAUUAAUGCACAAGAUAUAUAUGAAAAUACUCCUCUUCAUGAUGCAUGCAAUAAAAUGAGAGAAGAAAUUGUUAAAAUUCUCAUAGGAUUUAGAGGUAUUAACAUCAACAUAAAGAAUCGUCAAGGUAAAAUUCCUAUUGACAUGACUCACAAUACCAAAAUUCAUCUUCUUUUAAACCAAUCUCUAGAAGCUUGUGUGUAUAAAUUAGUUCCAAUAUAA